AUGAAGGAGCCGGAUGCUAUCAAACUUUUCAUCGGACAAAUCCCUCGGAAUUUAGACGAGAAGGACCUGAGGCCGAUUUUCGAACAAUUUGGGAAAAUCUACGAAUUGACAGUCAUCAAAGAUAAAUACACCGGCAUGCACAAAGGAUGCGCCUUCCUGACUUACUGUGCCCGGGAAUCAGCCCUCAAGGCCCAAAGCGCGCUGCAUGAGCAGAAGACACUGCCAGGGAUGAACCGACCGAUUCAGGUGAAACCUGCAGACAGUGAAAGUAGGGGAGAAGACCGGAAACUCUUUGUAGGAAUGCUGGGGAAACAGCAGACGGACGAAGACGUUCGGAAAAUGUUUGAGCCUUUCGGGACCAUUGAUGAAUGCACGGUACUCCGAGGUCCAGACGGCACCAGCAAAGGCUGCGCCUUUGUGAAAUUCCAGAUGCACGCAGAAGCCCAGGCAGCCAUCAGCACGUUGCAUGGGAGCCGCACGUUGCCGGGCGCCUCUUCCAGCCUGGUGGUGAAAUUUGCAGACACGGAGAAGGAGAGGGGUCUCAGGCGGAUGCAGCAGGUGGCCAACCAACUGGGCAUGUUCAGCCCCAUCGCGCUGCAGUUCGGAGCGUACAGUGCCUACACUCAGGCAGUAAGUCCGCAGCUCAUGCACCAGCAAGCCGCCUUGGUCGCCGCUCACUCGGCCUACCUCAACCCCAUGGCGGCCGUGCAGAUGCAGCAGAUGGCCACCCUGGCCCCCAACGGGCUCAUCGCCACCCCCAUCACCCCCUCCUCAGGAAGCAGCACGCCGCCCACCCUCACGGCCACCCCGGUCUCUGCCAUCCCAGCCACCCUCAGCGUCAACGGCUACAGCCCCGUCCCCACGCAGAGCACGGGGCAGCCGGCCUCCGAGGGGCUCUACACCAACGGCAUCCACCCCUUCCCAGCACAGAGCUCGGCCGCCCCUGUGGAUCCCUUACAACAGGCCUACGCCGGGAUGCAACAUUACACAGCUGCCUACCCUACAGCCUACGGACUGGUUAGCACCGCCUUUCCUCAACAGCCCGCUGCCAUCAUCACCCAGCAGGCGCCCCCCCAGCAGAGAGAAGGUCCUGAAGGUUGCAACAUCUUCAUCUAUCACUUGCCGCAAGAAUUCACCGAUUCGGAGAUCUUACAGAUGUUCCUCCCCUUCGGGAACGUCAUUUCGGCCAAAGUUUUCGUCGACCGAGCGACCAAUCAGAGUAAAUGCUUCGGAUUCGUAAGUUUUGACAAUCCCGCCAGCGCGCAAGCCGCCAUCCAAGCCAUGAACGGCUUCCAGAUUGGGAUGAAACGGUUGAAGGUUCAGUUGAAACGCCCCAAAGACGCCAACCGGCCGUAUUGAGCCACUGCCUGCCAGGUCUGGAGCUCAAAGUAGGAGCCAUCUCCGCUUGACCUUUGUCGCCCACUCUCCAACGGCCCAGUUUCCUUCUUCUCUCUGCUCUUCUUCUUCUUCUUCCUCAUCCAUCUCCUAGAAAAACGGCUUCUUCCGGGCAUCGAAUGCUUUCCUCGUUGACUUGAUCCUGUUGGCCAUCAAGACUUCUUCAAAGAUGGAGUCCCACCAGACCAGCUUCUUCUCCUGCUGCCUCCUCUCCAGCGUGGGAUCCAUGCCUCUCUCUCUCCUUUAGGUCCAACUGAGGAACACCAGGUGGGGGUGGGGGGAGAGAGCUGUCUCAAGAAGGUCCAUUCUUGGUCAACGGUGGAACGAUGAAGCGUGGAGACUUGGGAAGAAGCAGGACGUUGAUUUUUGGAUGGAUUUGAGAUGGACUUACUUGAGACUGGUGGAUUCAAGAUCAGAAAGCAGCCACUUUUGGGGAGGGCUCAUCCUCACAGCGUCUCCCCCUCCCCCACUUUCCCCGACCCACGCCAUCUUCUUGCAGGCAUUGGUGAAGGUUGGGUUGACGUCAACGGUCCAAGCCAAAAUUCAGCUACCUCUUAACUUUGUACAUCUCAACCACCCGAUGGUCCUUGCGAAAGAGGGGGAAUGAUCCAUGCUCUCCAGAUGCUACCAAGUCGCCUCCCUGAGCCUCCCUCACCUUAAAACCACGCCAGCCACAGUCGCUGGGCAUUGUAGUCCUGGAGGUUUGAGAAAAACCACAGGUUUCCCUCAAUCUGCUUUCUCAGCUCCCCGAAGACGGAUCGAAACGAUAAGUUGAUGAUCGCCAAAGAGGAAUUUCCCCCAAAUAACUAGAGAAGGAAAUUUCUCCCCCUCUCAACUCCCCACAGAAAGAAGUGGAAGAAUGUUGAAUAUUAAUUGCCAAUAAUGUCAAUAAUGUUUGACAUUAAUUGCUUUUUUUUACCCCUUCCUCCAGCCCCCUCAUCAGAUUAUUUUCUGGAUUUGGGGCAUUUGCUUGCUUCCAAAAUUUUGGGGGGAAAAAGAUGAGUUUUGGAAGUUUGAAAGCUGAAAUUAUCAUUUUCCCCCCCUCUGCUGCAGAGAAGUAAUAGGAGUGUUGGAAGGGACCUUGGAGGUCAUUUAGUCCAACCCUCUGCUCACGCAGGGGACCCGUACUAGGGAUUCAAACCGCCAAACUGCCGGCCUUUCUGAUCGACAAGCUCAGCGUCUUAGCCACCUAGUCAGGCAAUGAUGUGAUGGGGAAGGUGAGGAGAUUAUGCAGGGAUGCGACGGGCAGCCUCCUCACUCGUUAAGUGUGUGUGUGGAAGCGAAGGCUUUGUUCUAAAAGUUAGUUUCCUGCAGUGAGGAAGAGGCAGACAAGCUUCCGAUGAACA